CAUUUCCAGGACUCAUCUUUCUUUCCAUUUCUCUCUCUCUCCCCCUAAAUUGCCCCUUCUUUCUCUCUCUAAAAAGCAACCUCCUGAACUUCGAUCAGUACGAUCUGUUUCCCCAAAUUCUUCGAUUUCGAUACAUUGAUCAGUUGAAGAAGAAGAUUGAAAGAGUAAAUCAAGAGUUUGAUUCGCCAUGUCGAUGUCUGAUUCAGAUUCUUCGUCUCAGGGCAGCGAGUACAAGAACUUCAGGCAACUUACCCGCGAACGGUUAUUGUAUGAAAUGCUUAGAUCAACGAAAACUGGGGGCUCGAAAUCAACGUGGAAGGUGCUCAUCAUGGACAAAGUGACUGUCAAAAUAAUGUCUUGCUCAUGCAAGAUGGCAGAUAUCACAGAGGAAGGAGUUUCAUUGGUGGAAGAUAUAUACAGGCGAAGGCAGCCAUUGCCCACCAUGGAUGCCAUAUACUACAUCCAGCCAACCAAAGAAAAUGUUAUUAUGUUUCUGUCGGACAUGUCUGGAAGAGCACCUCUAUAUAAAAAGGCUUUCGUUUUUUUCAGUUCAUCUGUUCCACGAGAAUUGGUUAAUCAGAUCAAGAGAGAUGCAGCUGUGCUAGCUCGCAUAGGUGCCUUGAGAGAGAUGAACUUGGAGUACUUUGCCAUCGAUAGUCAGGGAUUUGUCACUGAUAAUGAGAGGGCUUUAGAGGAACUUUUUGGGGAUGAGGAGAGUACUCGCAAAGGUGAUGCGUGUUUGAGUGUGAUGGCUACUCAGAUUGCUACAGUUUUUGCUUCAUUACGAGAGUUUCCUUUAGUACGCUAUCGUGCAGCCAAAUCCCUUGAUCCAACCACAAUGACAACAUUUCGUGAUCUAAUUCCCACAAAGCUAGCUGCUGGUGUUUGGAAUCAUCUUAUGAAAUAUAAAGCUAACCUCCCUAACUUCCCCCAGACAGAAACAUGCGAGCUGCUUAUCUUGGAUAGAUCUAUAGAUCAGAUUGCUCCUGUGAUACAUGAAUGGACAUAUGAUGCCAUUUGCCAUGAUUUAUUAAAUAUGGAGGGAAAUAAAUAUGUGCAUGAGGUCCCAGGCAAAGCAGGUAGUGCCCCUGAGAAAAAAGAAGUUCUUUUGGAGGAUCAUGAUCCCAUUUGGCUAGAGCUUCGACAUGCACAUAUAGCAGAUGCUAGUGAACGAUUGCAUGAGAAGAUGACAAACUUUGUAUCAAAGAAUAAAGCUGCACAAAUUCACCACGGUUCGAGAGAUGGUAGUGAAUUAUCUACUCGUGAUUUGCAAAAGAUGGUGCAAGCAUUGCCACAAUAUAGUGAACAAAUGGACAAACUUUCUCUCCAUGUAGAUAUUGCUGGAAAAGUUAAUAAUAUUAUCAAGGAGAUGGGGCUUAGAGAUAUUGGGCAACUAGAGCAGGACCUUGUCUUUGGAGAUGCAGGAACCAAGGAUGUAAUUAACUUUUUGAGAACAAAACAGGAUGUAACACGUGAAAAUAAGUUGCGCUUGUUGAUGAUUUAUGCAGCAUGUCAUCCAAAAAAGUUCGAGAGUGAUAAAAUCACAAAGUUGAUGGAGUUAGCUAGACUGUCGCCUGAGGAUAUGAAUGCUGUCAAUAAUAUGAGAUUGCUUGAGGCAUCAUCAGAUACCAAGAAAAGUUCAAUUGGAGCUUUUUCUCUGAAAUUUGAUGUUCAUAAGAAGAAGAAUGCUGCUAGAAAAGAUCGUGAUGGUGAAGAAGUGAAGUGGCAGCUUUCACGCUUUUACCCCAUGAUAGAGGAACUAAUUGAAAAACUUAACAAAGGUGAGCUACCAAAGAAUGACUACCCACUUAUGAAUGACCCAAGUCCAACUUUCCAUGGGUCUUCCCGGGCUACGUCAGCACAAAUUAGUCAAGCUCCUGCUGCUCAUUCAAUGAGACAACGACGGGCAACAUGGGCUCGGCCUCGAGGCUCUGACGAUGGAUAUUCAAGUGAUUCCAUUCUAAGGCAUGCAUCUAGUGAUUUCAAGAAAAUGGGCCAACGUAUUUUUGUAUUUAUUGUUGGUGGAGCAACUCGAUCUGAGCUACGAGUUUGUCACAAGCUGACAACAAAGCUUAAGAGGGAAAUUAUUUUAGGGUCAUCCAGUCUUGAUGAUCCUCCACAAUUUAUUACGAAACUGAAGUUGAUGACGGCAUACGAACUCUCACUGGAUGAUCUUCAGAUUUAAAAAGACAUUGGUGAAGCAAGAAGCUGGAAACACAAUUUUUUCACAGGCUGGUUUUUCAGUUUGUAAUCAUAGAUCGAUAUGUAUCUUCAUUGAUUCCAUUUUUUUAACAGUGAUGUAAAAUGUCUGGUAUGAAUAUUACAAGCUGAACAAUAGAGUUUCUAGCAUGGGUUAGGAGGCAGGGUUGGGUCUGUUAAGAUACGGUGCUGUUGAUAGGCCUGUGCUUUGUAUUGUAAUUAAUGGGGGGUAAGGUCUUUUUAGCGAAUUUUCUUUUUCCUUUUUCUUUUAGUUUUUUUUUUUUUCCUUGGAAGUGACCACUACCUUUCAUGGUGUGUAUAUGACAAUAUUUGACUGAUUAAAAGACUAGAAAACCCAGCAUUUCGCCAAGAA